AUGAACACUCUCCUCCUGGCCUCGCUCGUAGUGGUACUCAGCGCCGGGCUCGCCUGGCAGAACGCGACUCUCCUCACUGCCGUCGAGACCCAACAGCUGUCCCUGAACCAGCUCCUACGGGAGGCCACAAACACACCCAAGUCGAAUCCUCAGCCGCAGAGCGAUGAGGUGAGCCGACUGAAGCGCGAGCUGGCCCAGGCGCAGCAUCGGCUUGCUCAGGCUCAGGCGCACGCCAGCCCGGCACCCUCGUGUCCGCCCCCGCCAAAGCCAAGAGAACCGACGAACGAGCUGAAGGGACUGUGCCGUGAGGUGCUGGAGGAGGCACACGGCAUGCGCAUCGUGAGCCACUACAGCCACCAGACCAACGUUUGGGACCUGAGCGAGGAGGCCUUCCGCGCGCUGCAGGCUGAGUGCAACGAAUUUAUGCUCGACAUGCUGGGCUUCCACGCUUUCGCCACCCUGCCCGCCCUCCUCCUCUUUCUGCCCCAGCUCUACCUCUUCCUGUUCGGCAUCGACUCGGGCUUCAUCAUCGUCGACCGCCUCUACCCGCACCCGCAGCCCCGCGAACCCUUCCGCCGCCACCCUGGCCUCAUCUACGCCCACAUCUACCUCUCCGCCGCCGCCCUCUUCCUCGCCCUGGCCCAGACCUCAACCACCGCCGCCACCACCUCAACUACUUUUAAUUCCCGACGAAGACACACGGUACUCGGUUGGCUCUACUUGGCCUGCUUGACCCUGGGCGCGGCCGCGGGGGUCACCUACGCCUGGCUGCAGGGCUACGGGUCGGACGGCGGUGUCGGGGCCUCAGUGGCCUUCACCGGCCUGGCGCUGGCCGGGGUCGUGCCGGCCUGGCUCGCCCUGUGGUGCGCCCUCGUGCGGCGGGACCGCGCGGCCCACGGCCUGUGGAUGUCGCGCAGCGUGGCCGCGCUGUGGGGCGCCAGCGUGUUCUUCCGCGUCCUGGCCAACACCUAUCUGGUCUGGGUGGCGCGCGUGUCUGCCGACAUCUACCCGGGCUGGGUGGCCAUGAUCUGGAUGAGCUGGGUCAUCCCCGUCGCCGCGCUCGAGCUGUAUCGCACACUGGCGAGCCCGCCGACCGCUGGCGUCGUCGCGACGAAGACCACCAAGGCCGACUAG